AUGCCUAUUACAUACAAUCGUGGAAAUGUAAGAAAAAUAGCUUUUCAUACAAGAGGAAGAUCAGCACAGUCUUUUGAUGUUAGUGGAUCGCGGGUUGAUUCAGGAGCAGGUGGAAAUGGACGUCAAUUUCUUCAAAUACGACCUGCUUUGGCAGAUCAUCGUACUACGACAUUACAACGUUCUAACUCAAUAUUAUCCGGGAAUAAUUAUGUAUGCAAAGAAGAUAUCAAAGAUGAGAUUAUUAGCUUACAAGCUAUUGGAGAAGGCAAAGUACAAUUAUCUCGAACUCCGCAGGAGAAGGAUCGCUUACCCGACAGAAUUAGUCUUGACAGACGGGGACUUUCGUCAAUACCACAUAUAGUUGGAGAACCCGGAUUGCGCCUUUUGUCAUUGCAACAUAACUUAAUAAACACUUUAUCUGGUCUCUCUCCUCUUGAUUUGAGUAAACUUGUAUUUCUCGAUGUGUAUGACAAUCAAAUUGACAAAAUCUCUUCGCUCGAGAGACUAUUCAGCUUGAGAGUACUGUUAGUGGGUAAAAACAGAAUCAAGAGAAUUGAGGGAUUAUCGAAUCUUCUUAAGUUAGAAGUAUUAGACUUACAUGGUAACAGGAUAACAAAAGUCGGAGGCUUAUCUAAUCAAAACGAACUUAAAGUUCUUAACUUAGCUGGUAAUCAAAUAAAAUGCAUAGGACAAACAGAUCUUCAGGGUCUUGUAUCAUUGAGAGAGUUGAAUUUAAAGAGAAAUCGGUUAAGAAAAUUACAAGGCUUUCAAAAUACUAUUAAAUUACAAAAACUAUUUCUUGGAAAUAAUGAUUUACAAAGUAUAGAAGACGUCGCGUCUCUAGCAGAAGCUAUGACAUUGUCAGAAGUUUCUUUGGAUAAUAAUCCGGUAGCCUUAGGUGGUGAUUGUACUCCAUUUUUAGUAUCUUAUCUUCCAAAUCUAGUUACACUAACCAACAUGCAUGUCAGUGAGCAGGUUCGUAAAGCUGCAAUGGCUUGGCGGAGUAACAAAGAAGCAGCACAUGCAGCAUAUUGUGCACUUAGUGGGUCUGCACAACAAGCUGCUCGUCGUGAUCAAAUAAUCCAUAAUGCUCGAACUAAUUGGGAAUUACUUAGAUCGGAAAAUAAAUGUUUUAGUAAUACUCCUAGCCCAGAUAAACAAGUUGACAUUGGAAAAGAAUUUGAACUACAAAAUUCAUCACCAAAAGUAACUCAAAAUGAUGGAACACAGACAAUAGAAACUUCAGUAAUUCCUGAUUUAAUAGCGUCAACAAGGCACGUAGAUGUAGAAAAUUCAGACAAUAAACCUAAUAAUAUCGAUACAAAUAUAAAAGUAAAAUCUGGUAAAACAAAUCCAAAGCCCCUGCGUAAGCUACAAAGAAGCUCAACUGCUCGUAAAUCUUCAGAUAAAAGAGUAAAUUUUUCGGAACGAAGUGCUUCACAAGAAACAAAUGCUUCGCAUUCAACGUCUACUAGUAGUGAUUUAAGAUUGCCACCAAUUUUACUACCAAUAAUAUCUUCACUAGAAAAUGUUAAACUAUCUGAUAGUUCGGAACCUGUACUAAAACGUUGGGAAAGUAUUUCAAGUGUUGAACCAAUAGGUGACUCUUCAUUUAGCUCACUACCUUCAUCGACAAGUGAUAGUGAAGAAGAAAGUAGCAAAAGGCAUUUCCGAAGAAAUCCUACUGUUUUAAGGAAACGAGAAAAUUUCUGUACAAUGCGAUCUAAAUCAGUUUGUGAUCCCGAAAGCCGAAGAGCUAAAUCCAAUAUUAAAAGUUCUGACAACUUAGAAAGUGCUAGUAACAUUUCAGGUAACACAAAUUUUGGGUCAGUUGCGACAUCUUCAACGUCAGGAAGUGAUAAUAAUAGCAAGGUUUUGCGGAGACAAGGUUCCUUAAAUAGCAAGUUGAACAAUCGAAACAUUCGUAGUGCUACUGUUACAAGAAGAAACGAAAGAGCCUCGUCUGCAUAUCGAGCUUCAACUGCUAAAGUUAAGCCUAGCAAAAAUUUAGCUAGCUUAAAGUCAUCAGAACCCGUACCUAAGCAGAUUCCUAUUUCUAAAGAUAGAGAGCAGGGUGUUGACUAUUUAGUUGAAGUAAGCGAUGGCCUUGUAAGCGCAUGGGGUGCUGGUGCAGUACGUCGUUUGUCUCGUGACUGGGAAUGGGAACGAGCAAGAACUGUAGCACGCGCAGCAUUUCACUACGUUCACUUUAAUGCAGUCGCACAAUCUUUACCAGAAUUAAAAACGAAGUUUCCAAAUGUUACUCAUAUAUCAAUUCGUGCUACUGGAAUUCAACAUUUAGGACAAUUACACGCAUUAGCUGAAUUAAGAGGAUUAACAGGUCUGACUAUAAUGCCAGAAGGUAAUCCCAUAGGAGUCAAAACCUGGCGUGAAUAUGCAAUAUAUAGACUUGCUCAUUGGGGCCUCAAGGAAAUUAACAAUGAACCGGUUUCUGAAGAAGAAUUAAAGUCAGCUAACCAGACAUUUAAUGGUUUAAGUGAUAUAGUGCUACGCGCACUCCCUGACGCUCCAUUGCAACCAUUACUAGAAAGGUUAGGAAAAAGUGGAAAUUGUACAGUUAGUGCUAAAACUUGGCUUAGAGGAGCCGAUCCAGCAUUACGAGAUGUUAUAGCUAAAGAAGCUCUACAAUAUAAGAAAGGUCAUGUUUCUCAGGAAGAUAUGAGUUGGAGAGUCCGCGGCCGGGGUCAAUUAUCGCACGCAAUCGAUUUGGCUUGUGGGGCUGCAAUCCGUCUUCGCACACUUGAACUUCAGUGGCCAACAAUAUUCAUAGAAAUGAUUGAAGAGGUGUUAAGAGAUUUCGCAAAUAUGGAAUCACAUGUGAAGGAACAGAUGCGAUUUCUUAUGGAUUCCUUGUGAUACUUUUCUUCUUCU